ACUCACUCACCCGCCUGGUCCCGCCCGGCAGCAGUCGUUCGAUAAGUCAGGUUGGAGAUACAGUUUUCCCGCGGUCAUCUUCCCGGUUAUCUGAACAGCAAGAAGAAUGCGUGAUAUCAGUGGAAGCAAAUGAGAGUGUUGUGGCUUGAUGAUAAAGGCAUAUGAGAGAGGAAUGAAGGUCGUGUGUGUGUGUGUGUGUUAGUGGUGUGCACUGCUCGCGGCUUUGUGAGUGCUGGUACAGUGACAGUAAACGCGUAACUCAACGCUGCCAGCUGUCAGUGUCCUUUUUCCAAAGGUCCUGCUCGCUUUAUCACACCCGGCCUCGGCUGUCCUCGCCUCCCGCAGCGUGACUCCAGGAUUCCCUUCACGACAUGGACGUGGAACCGCUGCUCGGGGGCGCCUCUUCAACGCCUGAUUACGGAUCUAACGACAACAAGCGGAAUGGUGGUUCCAGGAAUGCCACCGACGAGGAUGACAAUGGGGCUAUUGUAGAGGCUUCUCCGAAAUGGUACCUGAGUGCCUGUCAGAUAGCGGUGGUGGUGCUGGCAGUGCUGGCGACUGUGCUGAGUGUGGCUAUGCUGGCUGGGGGCUACAAGGCGAUUAUCAACACAGCCCUUCAUGAGCAACUGGUCAUCAAGGAAGGCUCAAAGGCAUACAACAUGUGGAAGUCAACUCCUGUCCCUCUGUCGCUGAAACUUUAUGUCUUCAACCUGACCAACCCUGAGGACUUCCAGAAUGGGUCCAAACCAGUGCUGCAGGAGGUGGGCCCUUAUGUCUGGAGGGAGUACCACAAGAAGCAAAAUGUGACCUUCCACCCCAACGACACUGUGACCUACCUGCAGCAGCGGUGGUGGGUGUGGGACCAGGAGGCUUCAGGGAACUGCUCCCAGGACGACCUCAUCAUCACCCUCAACACCAUCCCUGUGGCUGCAGCGUAUGGCAUGCGGAACUCCCUCUUCCAGGGCGCCCUUGAGUUUGCCUUCAAGAGUGUGGAUGAGCAGCUGACUGUCCACACCACUGCCAGGAAGCUUGUGUUUGAUGGAGUGAAGGACCCUCUGCUUGACUGGGUCCAGGAGAACGUGGUGAACAAUAAAGGAAAGUAUCACUUCCUGCUUCCAUUCUUCAAGGGAACUGCAGUAGCUGAGUUUGAAAAGUUUGCCUGGUUUUAUAAGCGUAACCUGUCCCUGACAUAUGAUGGUGAGUUCAACAUGAUGACUGGGGAAGAUACGCUGGACAACCUAGGGAGGAUUGACAAAUGGAAUGGUCGUAACAGCACCAGCUUCUACACGCCUCCCUGCAAUGAGGUGACAGGCUCAGCAGGGGAGCUCUUCUCCCCUCACCUCAGCCGAAAGGAUCUCAUUUUCUUCAGCUCUGAUCUCUGCAUGAGUGCCAAGCUAUUCUUCAAGGAGGAGGUGAAGGACUAUGGGGGAUUGGCUGCUUACCGCUAUUGGGGCACCAACCACACCUUCGCCAAUGGCACUACUGUCCCUGGCAAUGAGUGCUAUUGUGUUGGCGAGACAUGCGCCCCUAUGGGUCUCCUCAAUGCUGAGUCUUGCCGCAUGGGUGCCCCAGCCUUCGUCUCCUUCCCUCACUUCUAUGCUGCUGACCCGUUCCUGCUGGAGGGCGUGGAGGGCCUGGCACCGGAUAAGAAGAAACAUUCCCUCUUCCUGGACAUUGUGCCAAACUUAGGUGUGCCUGCUACUGUGUCCAUCAAGCUGCAAAUCAACAUCCAUGUUACACCUUUCAAAAGUAUCAGCCUGCUGGAGCAUGUACCAGACGUGUACCUGCCCAUGCUAUGGUUUGAGGUGCAGGGCGGCAUGACACCAAGCAUCGCCUCUCAGAUGAAGAUGCUUGUCUACUUCAUGACCUCCAGCGUGCCCAGCGUGGUGGUGUGGUCAGUGAUCAUCUGCCUGGCGGUGUUGACAGUGUUAGUGGUGGUGGUGGUCGCCUGGAGAAGGAAUAGUAGCUACAACCUGGCGACUUUGUUAAUAAAUGAGUGAGUGAACCAUGCAUUGUGUUGUUGCAUAAUAGUGACCAUGUCUUGUUCUGCUGCCACUGUCUUCUCUUCCUACUUUUCUUGUCUGUUCUCCUCUUUUUCCUUUCUUUCUACUACAGUUACUACAAUAACUUCAAUUACAGCUUCUGGUUUCACCACUGCCAUUAUUUUCUUCUCCUCCUCCUCCUCCUCCUCCUCCUCCUCCGCUUUGGGUGUGUGAGAGAGAGAGAGAGAGAGAGAGAGAGAGAGAGAGAGAGAGAGAGAGAGAGAGAGAGAGAGAGAGAGAGAGAGAGCUUAGCACCUGAGGGUCUGGUGGUGGCAGAUAGCACAGUCGCCCGGCAGUUGGAGGUUCUAUUGUGAUCUCUGGACAGUGCCUGCUUUUCUGGUGAGACUCCCUUGCUGUGUGUGUGUGUGUGUGUGUGUGUGUGUGUGUGUGUGUGUGUGUGUGUGUGAAGAAAAUUAAUAUAGACAGACAAACAGACAUGACACCAUACUGUCGUCAUAAUAACGCUGUAAACUAUCACUGAAUAUUAGUUAUUAUAUUCUAAAGACAUUUUUACAAGUUUAUGUUAAGCUUCAUGAUUCACCAGAUAUUGUGAUAUAUAAAGGCUGUGCUACUU